UCAAAGCGAAACAAGAAGAAAUGCUCUGCCUCAGGGGUUUCAGUGUUUUCCUCUCAUGUGUUGUCCUUCUCAUUGUUCAGUCAAGUCGUGGUUCUGAGAUCAUUGGAGGUAAUGAAGUGCAGCCACACUCGCUGCCUUACAUGGCUCUGCUGGAGAGUGACAAACCGAUAUGUGGAGGGGUACUAAUUGAUCAAGCAUGGGUCCUGACUGCUGCACACUGUCCUAGCAUUAAGAAGGUGUUGCUGGGGGUGCACUCCAUCAAAGCAGAUGAAAAAGAUUUCCGACAGGUCCGAAAGGUGAAAAAAAGUUUGCCUCAUCCCUGCUAUGAUGGCACGGACAAGGUCAAUGACCUCAUGUUACUCAAGCUGGACAAGAAAGUGAAAAAAACCAAAGCUGUAAACUGGCUCACGCUGCCCAAAACCAGUAAGGAGCCGAAAGCUGGCAGCGUCUGUGUGGUGGCUGGAUGGGGAACUACUAAAAACAAUGUCAAUCGAAUGUCAGAUGUCCUGAGGUCUGUCAAUGUUACAGUGAUUGACAGAGUGAUGUGCAACUCAGCUGAUUAUUACAGCCUCAAUCCUGUUAUCACCAGCAGCAUGAUAUGUGCUGGUUCGAAUGGUAGAAACACAGCUGAUACCUGUCAGGGGGAUUCAGGAGGACCUCUCAUGUGCAAUGGUGUGCUAGCUGGAAUCACUUCCUUUGGACGGAUGUGCGGUCUCAUUAAAAAACCCGGAGUUUACUCUUUUCUGUCAGAAAAACAACUCAAGUGGAUCAAAAAUACAAUGAAGGGAUCUAAAAUAGAAUGAGUUCUCUGAAUCAUUCCUGCUUCCAUCUUUAAAUUAAAGAGGGAUACUAAGUUCA